UUCGCGGGUGCAGGAUGUUCUCUCAGCAACAGCAGCAGCAGCAUCUUCUCUUCCUGCGUCCACCAUGAACCGAGGCAUUUCUACGACGCACAACUUCCUCCUGCAGAAAUGUUUGGCUGUACGGGCUCCCAGCAUCCUUCUCUAGAGACAUCAGUGGACUAGUUGGAGGUCCUUUGCACACCCAUGUCCCUCACUCCGAGUCGAAAGUCCUCCUCAGGUCAGCGCAGGCGCUCAGUGGGCACUGGUGGUGGCAGCGGGCGAUAUUCCAAUGAUGCAUCCAGUACUUACACCUACCCUGGUCGGAGUAGGGUCCCAGAGGAAAGCGUCGCAGCUCGUACAUAUCCCAGUACUCCGAGGCGUCAGGCAAAGCACACAGCCUGCAGUGACAACCAUGGGAUCAGGCCUCCCACCCCAGAUCAGUACCUCACACCUCUGCAGCAGAAGGAGGUGUGUAUACGACAUCUGCGCGCCAGGCUGAGGGAGAAUGUGGAGAGAUUACAGCACAGGGACUGUGAAAUAGACGAGUUGCGGGGCCAACUUUACAGGAUGCAGGAAGACUGGAUAGAAGAGGAAUGCCACCGCGUCGAGGCCCAGUUAGCACUUAAAGAGGCCCGCAAGGAGAUUCAGCACCUCCAGGAAGUGGUAGAGUCAGUGAGGUCCAACCUCAGUGUCCGUGAACAGGACCACCAUGACCACAAGCCAUACUCAGGGUUGCAGGGAGCUCAGCCAGGGGGCAGGUCUCGCUCCUGUGGCUGUUCUCCUGCUGGAACUUUGAGCCGCGGCAUUCCUCGCACGCGACUCAGCAGCGAGGCCUUGCAGCUGGAGCGCGGCGCCAACACUCCUGAGGCGAGUGGAGCGUGUCGCCCCACGGGGCAGACCCACCUGCUCCUGGAAGCGGCCCUCCUGUCAGAGCAGCUGCCACCGCAGGGCCACAUCAGGGUCCCCCCUACUGUACCGCGCUCUUCCACCUAUGAAAGGCUGUACAGCGGAGGGACCGUGUUGCCAGUCUCACACUCCUGUCACAGUCUCAGUAGCAUCUGCAGGUGCAGUGGACACACAUACGUCCCCCAUCAUCACUUGUUCCUGCACUUACCUCAGGAGGAGGUCCCAGUAACAGCUGCCCCCGUAACUGAUCCCAUCCCAUCUCCAUCUCCAUCUCCAGCUCCUGUUCCUGUUCCUGUUCCUGCUCCUGCUGUGAAGAAAAAGCCAGAGGUUUGCUCCCAAGCCUGCAGCCCCACCAUGACCUGGCUGUGUGAGGAAAGUGAAACCAAGGAGCUGAGUGUCAUCUCUUUAGCCUCCGCAGAUGUGACUCCCUCAGAGCCACAUCUGUUUCUAUCGUCUUUACCUCCUGCGUCGCCCUUCGUGCAUUCAGACAGCUUAGAGACGCUACUAUCUGACCGAGCAGCAGCAGAGCCCCACACCUGCCAACCCCACGCUGCAGCUCCACUGCCUGUGAGGCAGGAGGCCACAGUGCUGGAGAUAGAGGACAGUAAGGAGGAAGCUGAAGACGAGAAUUCCCCUGAGCUGUGCCACUGGAGCCGCUACUUCCUCAUAGAUCUGUUGGCUUUGGCAGCACCCGUGGUCCCGACCAUGGCGUGGCUGUGUCGAGGGGCGCAGCGGGACGUCAUGCCCGUGUAUCACAUUGGGUCGCUGCUGAGAGGCUGCUGUGCUGUGGCGCUCCACUCGCUUCGCCGCCAGGGUGCAGGCAGAGGACAUAGACCGACCAACAUGAACGGAACCACAACCUGACACUCUGUGCUCCCUCCGACAUUAACGGUCCAGUGUGUAACAUUCAGUUUAUUGGCAGAAAUUGAACAUGGUUCAUGUUUGUGUCGCACUUCAGCGGCGACACAGACACUGUGGUGAAUCGUCGAUGCACCCUCACUAUUCACAUCAUUCAUUCAUUCAUUCAUCGUCUACCACUCUAUCCUCCACAUGAG